AUGAUGGUAAAGAAUGGAAACAGUAAUCAAUCACCUGCUUCUAUAGCACAAAUACCAAGGAAGAAACAAUUCUAUAAAACAAAAAUGUGUCCCUGGUUUUUUUCAGGGAGAUGUGAUAGAGGUAUGGAUUGUUUAUUUGCACAUUCUCAAGAUGAAUUAAAUCCUAUCCCUGAUUUAAGUUUUACAAGUUUAUGUCCCUUAACAAAAAAAUCAGGAUUAUGUAAAAAUGAAAAAUGUAGUUAUGCACAUUCUGUAUGUGAAUUAAGACCCACUGGAGAUUUAUAUAAAACUGCUCCAUGUACAAAAUUUUUAAGAGGUAAAUGUAAUGCUGAGGAACAUUGUAGACAUGCUCAUUUUAUUGAAGAGUUAAGACCCUUACCUGGAAAUUUGGUCCCUUCACAAAAUGCUAUUAAUAUGAUGCUUUCAUCAUCCAUAACGAACCCCGGUCAAAAAGGACACAAAAAAAACAACCACAGCAACAGCAAUAAUAAUAAUAAUAAUAAUAAAAAUAAUAAUCACAAUAAUAAUAAUAAUCACAAUUGCGAAAAUAAGAAAAAUGAAAAAUAUAUGAAGAAAUCCAAUUGCUUAUCAGAGUCUUACCCAUCAUCUGGAAAUAUGAACAAUAAUAUCAAUAAUAAUGUGAAUGGAAAUCAUAAUAAGUAUAACAAAAAAUUUGUGAAAAACGCUAGCUCAGAUAAUACCAACAUCAACAACAGCAUGAACAGCAGUAUGAAUAGUAGUAUGAACACAAAAAUAAGCAGUAAUUUUAACAGUAGCAUGACCAAUAGUAUUAACAGUAAUAUCAGCACGAAUUCUCACAGUAACAUACAUAAUCAUAUGCAUAAUAAAAUGAACAAUCAUACUAAUGGUACUAUCAAUAGUAAUAUGAAUAAUAAAAGUUACAAGAAAAGCUCUUCCUAUCCAAAUAAAAUAUGUGCACACCUAAAGAAUAAGGAUAUCAACGAAGAACAUAAUAACAUCAACAGUUUGAACUUUAAAAAGUAUUUAAUUAAUAAUAGCAAUAUGGAACAUAGUUCAAAUGCCACAUCCAAUAUUAUGAGUACCUUUAAUUUGCCACAGAUACAAAAUGUAUGUAACCAAGGAAAUCAAGCAAGUAGUUUAUAUAAUACAAUGAAUGGUAUGAUUAAUAAGGAGAGUAAUAUGAAUGGAAAUAUUAAUGGCAAUGUGAAUGGAAAUAUUAAUGGAAAUAUUAAUGGCAAUAUGAAUGGAAAUAUGAAUGGAAAUAUGAAUGGAAAUAUGAAUGGAAAUAUUAAUGGUAGUAUGUAUAGUAGUAUGUAUGGUAGUAUGUAUGAUAGUAUACAUAGCAGUAUGUUGAGCAACAUGAAUGGUAGUGUGAAUGUUAGUAUGAAUGGCAGUAUGAAUGGCAAUGUGAAUGACAAUAUGAAUCUUUUUAUGAAUGGAAAUAUGAAUAUGCUUAUGAAUGUUCACAUGAAUGAAUAUAUGAAUGCACACAUUAAUAGCAACACCAGUAACAACCAUUUUUAUAAUUUAAACAAACCAAAUAGUAACGAAGGGUUAAUGAAUCAUUAUUCCUCUUUUUCUACAAAAGAACCUUCAACACCUAUGAGAAUGUCAAGCAAUUCAUCCAAAGAUUUUACGUCUAAUAAUGAAGAGAAUAAUUUUGCUGACACAAUUGAACAUAUGGAAAUUACUGCUCAAGAUAGUGCCUUGAAGGUUAUUGAAGAUGAUAAUGAUAAAAUGAAUUCUUCUGAUAUUAAAAACUUUUUAAAUUUAUUGCAAUUCAAAAAUUCGGGUAGUUUUAACGAGGAACAUUUUUUGUUUAAUGAUGAUGAUUCUGUAAAUAAUGUAAAUAUGAGUGGUAUUAUGAAUAAUACAAAAAGGAUGUAUAAUAUGAAUGACAUCAAUCAUAUGAACACCAUGAACAAUAAUAGUAAUAAUUUUAGUACUAUCAAUCCAUCCUACUUACAAGCAUAUGAUUCCUUAACAAGUAUAGGAAAAGAACACUUAGAACAACCAUUAUGUUUAGAAAAACAUUUAGCAGAACAAUAUGUUCAUAAUAACAUGAUUCAAACUACUAAUAAUCAAGACACUAUGAAUGAUUUUGAAUCUAAUGAAAAUUUACAAAAUGCAUAUAAUAAAUUAAAUAAUAGUUCUUUAACUAGUUGCUCAAAUUUCUGGAAUUAUCCAGAAGAUGAGUUAUCUACCUCAUCCCCACAAAUGCCCCAGAAGGUAGAAAUUUUUGAUUAUUAA